CUCGUCUCUCCUCUCCUGGCAGUCGAUAUCAGGGAGAUCAAGGAGAUCCGCCCCGGGCUGAAGUCACGCGACUUUGAGCGCUACAUGGAGGACUCGACCGCUCGACUCGACCACAAUCACUGCUUCGUUGUCCUCUAUGGGACUGAGUUCCGCCUCAAGUCCCUCAGCCUUGCAGCAACAUCAGAUGAGGAGAUGGCGAUGUGGGUGAAGGGCCUGACAUGGCUGGUGGCCGACACACUCAAGUCCCCCACUCCUCUCCAGAUAGAAAGGUGGUUACGGAAGCAGUUUUACUCCGUUGAUCGCAACAGGGAGGACAAGAUUUCCUGCAAAGACCUGAAAAACAUGCUGUGUCAGGUCAACUACAGAGUACCCUAACAUGAGGUUUCCUGCGAGAGAAAACUCCCGGAUGGGGAGCUGAGAAACGGCGACGUCUCCUACUGUCAGUUUGCCCAACUCUAUCGCAGCCUCAUGUUUGAAGCCCAGAAAACAAUGGAGAUUCCUUUUCUGCAGAGGUAUCGGCCGAGCAGAGGGAUUACGCUGGAAGAAUUCAAGUCUUUUCUCCUGGAGUUCCAGAAGGAGAUGUGGGCCACUGAUAACAACAAGGUGCAGGAGUUCAUGUUCAGCUACCUGAAGGACCCUCUGAGGGAGAUCGAGCAGCCGUAUUUCUGCCAGGACGAAUUCCUCUCCUACCUGUUCUCCAGGGAGAACACCAUCUGGAACGACACGUGGGACCAGGUGCGACCCGAGGACAUGAACAACCCGCUGUCUCACUACUGGAUCUCCUCCUCUCACAACACCUACCUGACGGGAGACCAGUUCUCCAGUGAGUCAUCGCUGGAGGCUUACGCUCGCUGCCUGCGUAUGGGCUGCAGAUGCAUCGAGUUGGAUUGCUGGGACGGCCCGGAUGGAAUGCCUGUCAUCUACCAUGGUCACACCCUCACCACCAAGAUCAAGUUCAGCGAUGUCCUGGCGACAAUCAAAGAGCACGCCUUUGUCACCUCUGAGUAUCCCAUCAUCCUCUCCAUCGAGGACCACUGCAGUAUUGUCCAGCAGAGGAACAUGGCCACCUUCUUCAAGAAGGUGUUUGGAGAAAUGUUGCUAACCAAAGCAGUGGACAUCUCCGCUGACGGGCUGCCCUCGCCCAAUCAGCUGAAGAGGAAGAUCCUCAUCAAGCAUAAGAAGCUAGCCGAGGGAAGUUCCUACGAGGAAGUGUCCACUUCCACGCCCUACUCUGAGAACGACAUCAGUAAUUCCAUUAAGAAUGGCAUCUUGUAUCUCGAGGACCCAAUCAACCAUGAGUGGUACCCUCACUUCUUCGUCCUCACCAGUAGCAAGAUUUACUACUCGGAAGAAACGACAAGUAACCAGGGCAACGAUGACGAGGAGGAGCACAGAGAGGUGUGUAACGGCAUGGACCAGCAUGUAACUGAAAAAUGGUUCCAUGGGAAACUGGGCGCGGGGCGUGACGGUCGUCAGAUCGCCGAGCGGCUGCUCUCGGAGUACUGCGUGGAGACGGGCGCCCCCGACGGCUCCUUCUUAGUGCGCGAGAGCGAGACCUUCGUGGGAGACUACACCCUCUCCUUCUGGCGGUCCGGUCGGGUCCAGCACUGUCGGAUCCACUCGCGUCAGGAGGCGGGCAGCCCCAAGUUCUACCUGACGGACAAUCUGGUGUUUGACACGCUGUUCGCCCUUAUCACCCACUACCAGACGGUGGCGCUGCGCUGCAACGAGUUUGAGAUGAAGCUGACCGAGCCCGUGCCCCAGACCAACGCUCACGAGAGCAAAGAGUGGUACCAUGCCAACCUGUCCCGGAGCCAGGCUGAGAACAUGUUGAUGCGGGUGCCACGGGACGGGGCCUUCCUGGUCAGGAAGAGGGCAGAGUUCAGCUCCUACGCCAUCUCCUUCCGAGCGGAGGGAAAGAUCAAGCACUGUCGGGUGCAGCAGGAGGGCCAGACCGUGGUCCUGGGCACGUCUGAGUUCGACAGCCUGGUGGACCUGAUCAGCUACUAUGAGAAGCACCCGCUGUACCGCAAGAUGAAGCUGCGCUACCCCAUCAACGAGGAGACGCUGGAGAAGAUUGGCACUGCUGAGCCUGACUAUGGGUCUCUGUAUGAGGGCCGGAACCCUGGGUUCUAUGUGGAAGCCAACCAGAUGCCUACAUUUAAGUGCACAGUGAAAGCCAUGUAUGAGUACAAGGCCCAGAGAGACGACGAGCUCUCGUUCAGUAAGAACUCCAUCAUCUCUAACGUGGACAAGCAGGAGGGCGGAUGGUGGAAAGGUGACUUUGGAGGCAAGAAGCAGCUUUGGUUCCCAGCCAACUACGUGGAGGAGAUCAGCCCUACUGCUGUGGAGCCCGACAGAACUCAACUGACAGAGAACAGCCCUCUGGGAGAUCUCUUGAGAGGAAGUGUGGAAGUGUCUUCCUGUCAGAUAGUGGUUCGCACGGAGGGGAAGGGCAGUCGGCCGUUUGUCUUCUCGCUGGUGUCGUCCGCCACGCCGCGGGCGCCCGUGCUCGACAUCGCCGCCAGCUCCCAGGAGGAGCUCAAGGACUGGGUCAUCAAGAUCCGUGAGGUCACCAUGACCUCUGAGGCUAAGCUGGAGGAAGGGAAGAUUAUGGAGAGGAGGAAGAAGAUCGCCCUGGAGCUCUCGGACCUGGUCAUCUACUGCCGGCCAGUUCCUUUCGACGAGGAUAAGAUCGGAACAGAGCGUGCAUGUUUCCGGGACAUGUCCUCCUUCCCAGAGACCAAAGCGGAGAAGUACGUGAACCGGAUCAAGGGCAAAAAGUUCCUGCAGUACAACCGGCUCCAGCUGUCGCGGAUCUACCCCAAGGGCCAGCGCCUGGACUCCUCCAACUACGACCCCUUACCCAUGUGGCUGUGUGGGAGCCAGCUGGUGGCUCUCAACUUCCAGACUGCAGAUAAGCCCAUGCAGAUGAACCAGGCCCUGUUCAUGCUCAACGGCAAGAGUGGCUAUGUCCUGCAGCCGCCCAUCAUGAGGGACGACAGCUUCGACCCGUUCGACCGCAACUCUCUCAGGGGCAUGGAGGCUAUCACUCUGGUCAUCGAGGUGUUGGGGGCACGUCACCUACCCAAACAUGGCAGGGGCAUCGUGUGUCCGCUAAUCGAGAUUGAGGUGUGUGCCGCAGAUUACGACAGUGCCAAGCUGAAGACUGACUCAGAAGCUGACAACGGCCUCAACCCGACCUGGCCACGCAAGUCCUUCCGCUUCAGCGUCUGCAACCCUGCGUUCGCCUUCCUGCGCUUCGGCGUGUACGAGAUCGACAUGUUCAGCGACCAGAACUUCCUCGCCCAGGCCACCUUCCCCAUCAAUGGCCUCCAGACAGGCUACAGGUCGGUCCCCCUGAAGAACAGCUACAAUGAGGAUCUGGAGCUGGCGUCUCUGCUUGUUCACAUGGAGAUCGUCAGAGGAAGGACCCAUGAGAAUGGGGAGACCAGUCCGUUCCUGACGCCCUCGUCCGUGGGGCUGGGCAGCUAUGUGGGCCGUGAGCGGAUGGGCGAGUCCGGCUCCGUGUCUUCGGCCUCCUCCAUGUCACCUCUGCCGUCGUCCCCUGGCCAGGCGCUGGGCUACCGGGCCCGAGAGAACUCUUUCGAGGCGCGCUACCAGCCCCCACUGGACGAAUUCAGAGUGUCCCCGCAAGACGCGCUGCUAGACCAUGUGGACCCACAGAACCGGAGGCCGAUGCGGAGGACCCGAGUGGGCGGGGAGAAUCGGGUCUAGACGGAACGACGACGUCGAUGAGACGCCCCCCAGAUGCCGUCCUGGGCGCUCUCUCACCCUCUCUCGCUCAACUCGCUCGCUCUCUCUCUCCGCCGGUGCCGACAAAUGUCACGGACUGCUGUGAAAAUUGUUUCUAUGGAAACGUUGCCAGUGCUUUUGGCCCACAUUUCAGGCAGAUCUUCCUCCGUGUGUGCGCUCCCACUCUCUUCCUGCCUUCUCUCUCCAGCCAAUCAGCACCAGCCCCCCCCCCCCAUACACACACACACACACACACACACACACACACACACCCCUUCCAUUGGACAGACGGUGUGGCUGGAGGUAGGAGCAGAUGGAAGCGUGGAGCCAACGGUCAUGGAAAGUACAAACUGAUCAAGCCAGAGUGGAGUCGUUGCCUGAACGGAGGACCAUGAGGAGUGAUGGAAACGCAGCUCUGUGUGUGUGUGUUUUUGUGUUUAUGCGGGGGGAAGGCAACAAGCAAGAAGUCACUGGUAUCAGUUUGAAACUGUUUCCCCGAGUUUGGGUUAAGUAUUUGGGCUUUGUUUUAUUUUUAAUUUUUUCCUUUUCUCUGGCAUAUAUAAGUAUAUAUAGAUUUCUAUAUAAAUAUAUAUUUAUUUCAGCUUUGCUGUCUACCAGAGAACAGACAUAGCUGACCUGCUCUCAAAGAGCUUUUUUUAAUUUUUUUUAUUGAUUCUUUUUUGUGCUAUUUAAACCUUAGUUUUAACCUCUCAUAAUGUGACACCUUUUGUUUUUAAACUUUUGAGACCAUGUGUAAAACACAAGGGCUUGGCUUUGCCCUUUUUAAACACGACACACACUCUCUCCCUCCUCCCUCUUUCUUUCUGGUGAGAGACAGUAGCGUCCGGCCUGUCGAUAAACAUGCAUUAGUGCUGUUUUUUUUCCUCUUUUCUUUUUCCUUUGGGGGGGGGGGGGGUGAGGGGAACCGGAGUGGCCAUCUGAAAAGAAGCUCAGGAAGAGGCCACUGCCUGUUUGUGUUGGACCCCAGUGGCUUCAGGAAGAAACAGGAGAGCGCAAGGACUCUGGCAUCGGCUUCUCUUCUCAUUCCCACCUCCCACGCGAGCAGAAUCUCCAUGUUUUUCCUCGUUUUUUGUUUUGUUUGCAUUGUGUUAUGUAGCGCAACGCAACAACACAAGGCAGGUAAUCCAGAUGUGGAGUGCUGAAAGAGCCACAAGUGACAGUGACUUUGCUCUGCGUCGGGGCGCUAACUUUCAGCAUGACUGUGCCACAGGCCAGGACACUCGGAGGACAUUGCUCACUCCUCAUCUCCAACUCAGUAUUUUACAGUGUGCGCUGCCAUGCUCACUAUUUUGAGUGUCAAGUGAUGAUUUUUAUUCUUUUUUUUUUCUCCGUUUACUCUGCCAACAUGGACGACAAAUAUCCAAUAGUGUUAUUUUCAUUUGUUUCUUUUUGCUGCCAUCAGAAGUGUGUUUUAGUGUAUGCGUGUAUAUACUUAAAUCUCAUCUUAACCCCCCCCC